UAGAUUGGUUCCAGUGGGGAACACCACAAACAGAGAAGAGUACUUUUAAUUUUAACUCUCGGCUCUGCUCUUAAAACCCUAAAACGUAUCUGCGUCAUAAACCCUCGCGCCUUUCCUCUUUCUCUCAAGUAGUAAGCUAAGCUGCCUUUAUUUAAAGUUAGCCGCCGCUUUAAACUCUGAGAGAAAGUCAUGUUCUUUCACUUUCUCUCUUGUUGCCAUGGUUGGAUUUCUCGCUAAACCAGCUAAACCCGUUGAAGAAGAAGAGGUAGCUUUGCAAGUCCUAGUCGAUCAACAAGACCCAAAGGUAAAAGCUUUCAAGGACACUCUUGAUUUCCCUUCCCUCGAUUCUUUUCUUGAUUUCGAUUCCGUCUCUUGGUUGGGGAGUAAUCGAAACGUUGAGGAGUUUAGCAUUGAAGAUACCGACUUUGAUUUCUUUGAGAACAAGAUGGAUUUGGUUCAAGAAACUGUUAAGUCUGAGUCGAUUGAGAGAAAGUCUGAGCUUUGUGAUGACAUCUCUGGCCAGGUUGGUGUGAGUUCAAUUAGUCCUGAGUCUAUGGUUGAAGAAAAGCCUGUGCUUUGUGAUGACAUCUCUGGCCAGGUUGGUGUGAGUUCGAUUAGUCCUGAGUCUAUGGUUGAAGAAAAGCCUGUGCUUUGUCAUGUCAUGUCUGAGGAAGUUGAAGUGAGCUCUAUUGAGUCUGAGUCGGUACAGCCCAAGGUUUGUGAUGAACUAGCAGUGAAAGAUUCAGAACCGGUUGUUUCUGACAACUCUAGACCCAUGGAAGGUGAGACUGAGCCAGUUGCUGCUGUGUCUGAUGCAUAUGUUGCUUGUCCCACCAUGGAUUUGGAUGAUAUAGGGUCGAAGAAAACAGAUGAGGGUUUGGCUUGUUCUAUUGAAGUAGGGUUGAAGAAGGUAAGUUUGGCGAUGGAUGAUGAUGACAAGAUUGAUGAUGCUAAGGGGAAAUCGGAUUCUUCUGAUUCUGAGAGCGAAACCUCAAGCUCUUCUUCAAGCAGUAGUGCUAGUAGUAGCAGUGAGGAAGAGGAGAGUGAUGAAGAUGAGAGCGACCAAGAGGAAAAUAACAAGAAGUUUGAAGAUCAUAUGGUCAUGGGGAAAGAGGAUGAUCUAGCAGGGGAACUUGAAGAGGGUGAGAUAGAGAAUUUAGAUGAGGAGUAUGGGGAUGACGAAAUUGAGCUUGUUGAAGAUGAUGAUGAUGAUGAUGAUGAUGAUGCUGAUGAUGACGAUGAUGAAGUGAAUGAGAUGGUUGCUUGGAGCAAUGAUGAGGAUGAUGACUUCGGUUUGCAAACAAAAGAACCUAUAAGGUCAAAGAAUGAGCUCAAGGAGCUUCCUCCAGUUCCAGCUGUGGAUGUCACUCUGGAACCGCAUCAUUCCACACUUCCUGUUGGAGUUGUUCUUUCGAUAAUGAGCACACAAGUAAUAGUUGAGGGAAUGGAAAAGCAUAGUCCUUUGACUGAAGGUUCUAUCCUCUGGUUAACUGAAAAAAGAACCCCAUUGGGACUGGUGGAUGAGAUCUUUGGACCCGUAAAAUGCCCUUACUAUAUUGUGAGGUUCAAUUCAGAGAGCGAAGUGCCAGAGGGGAUUAGUCAAGGAACAUCUGUCUCUUUUGUCGCAGAUUUCGCUCAACAUAUCCUUAAUAUCAAGGAACUGCAGAAGAAAGGUUACGAUGCAUCUGGGGAUAACGACGAGGAGAUACCAGACGAGCUAGAGUUCUCAGAUGAUGAAAAAGAAGCUGAAUACAAAAGAAUGCAGAAGAUGGAGAAGAGAGGGAUGAUGAAUGACCAAAAACCUGGUAAUACAAGAAACAAGAAGAAGAAAAACCGAGAUCUCGAAAGGCCUACAAGCAACUACUCAGGCAAAUGGACAGAGAACCAGGGAUCUAGUUCUCUAAGCUCAAGCCGUUCUGAUCCUCAGAUGGGUGGUACGGUUCCAACUCUUCAUCCGCGUCCUCAAAUGGACGGUUUCGGAUCUAGUUCUCUAAGCUCAAGCCGUUCUGAUCCUCAGAUGGGUGGUCCGGUUCCAGCUCUUCAUCCGCGUCCUCAAAUGGACGGUUUCCCUCCAAACAAUGCAGCAUGGAGGCCCCAAAGUAAUCAGCAGAACCCAUAUCAGUUUCCUCCUAUACCUAAUCAGAUGGGAAUGCACAAUCUAGCCCCAAUGCAGAUACCUUUGAUGGCUAUGCAGAAUCAAAACCAAAUGAUGUUCCAACCACAAUUCAAUGGUGGCCAGAUGCCAAUGCCAAUGCCAGGUGGACCUGGAGGCUUAAACUUCUUUCCAGGGCAGGCUUCAGCGCCAUGGCCUGCAAUGGUUGGUCAGAACUGUUUCAACCAACCCUUUGGGAUGGGUCGCGGUAUUCAGCAGCAGCCAUUACCGAAUGAGCUGAGUUUUAAUAUGUUUUCUCAAGGUCUUCAGAUGCAUCGGCCACAGUCUCAAAUGCACGGGCCACAGUCUCAGAUGAAUCCACAGUUCCAAAUGCAACCACAGUUCCAAAACCACCCGCGAUCUUUAAUGAACCCGCAGCACCAAAUGAUGCACCCACCACAGUCUCCACAGUCUCCAAUGAACCCGCAGUUCCAAAGGCAACCACAAUCUGAUAUGGGACAAAACCCGCAGUCACCAACUAACUCGCAUUCCCCAGUGCAAACACAGUCUCAAGGGUUUAGCAGCGGGCAGUCUUCUGAACGGGGAAGGGGGUUCCGUGGUCGUGGUAGAGGUAGAGGUCGAGGUCGGGGUAGGGGUCGCUUUGGUCGUGGUCGAGGUAGGCAACAGUCGGGAUGAAACUGCUUUUGUGAAAGCAUUUUUGAUGUGUGUCAAAAAUAGGCUUUAUUUAGUUUUGUAUGCCAGUUUUCUGACUCGAAAAAAACAAAGCUAUGAUGAUAUUUCUUCUUCUACCAGAA